UCUUCCCACGCCGCCUUCAUCGGAGCCGCCCGCCCUACCCGCGCCCCGCGCGUCCGGAAACACGCGUGGAUGUAGCGGCCGGGCCGGGGGCUCCGCGGCGACCAUAAAUACCCCGGCGGCCGCUCGCCCCGCGCACUUUGCCGGGGCCCUCCCGGUGCCGGAGCCAUGAGAACCGCCGCGCUGGGGCUGGCGCUCCGGGCGCUCUGGGCUCUGGCCCUCUCCUCCCUCUCCAACACGCUGGCGGUGAACAACAGCGGGAGGUGGUGGGGCAUCAUCAACGUGGCCUCGUCCACCAACCUGCUGACCGACUCCAAGAACGUGCAGCUGGUGCUGGACCCCAGCCUGCAGCUGCUGAGCCGCAAGCAACGCAAGCUGAUCCGCCAACCCGGCAUCCUGCACAGCGUCAGCUCCGGCCUCCAGACCGCCAUCAAGGAGUGCAAGUGGCAAUUCCGCAACCGCCGCUGGAACUGCCCCACCUCCCAGGGUCCCAAUAUCUUCGGCAAAAUCGUCAACCGGGGCUGCCGGGAGACGGCGUUCAUCUUCGCCAUCACCAGCGCCGGCGUGACGCAUUCAGUGGCACGGUCCUGCUCGGAGGGCUCCAUCGAGUCCUGCACCUGCGACUACCGGCGCCGCGGUCCCGGGGGGCCUGACUGGCACUGGGGGGGCUGCAGCGAAAACAUCGACUUCGGGCGCCUCUUUGGGAGGGAGUUUGUGGACUCCAGUGAGAAGGGCCGUGACCUGCGCUUCCUCAUGAACCUGCAUAAUAACGAGGCCGGGCGCAUGACGGUCUUCUCAGAGAUGCGCCAGGAGUGCAAGUGCCAUGGCAUGUCGGGCUCCUGCACCGUCCGCACGUGCUGGAUGCGGCUGCCCACUUUCCGCGCCGUGGGUGACGUCCUGAAGGACCGCUUCGAAGCGCUUUCCCGCGUCAUCUACGGCAACAAGGGCAGCAACCGGGCAUCGCGGGUCGAGCUGCAUCACCUGGAGCCCGAGAACCCGGCUCACAAACCCCCCUCGCCCCAUGACCUCGUCUACUUUGAAAAGUCACCCAAUUUCUGCACCUACAGCGGGAAGACGGGAACGGCGGGCACAGCCGGGCGCUUCUGCAACAGCUCCUCGCCGGGGCUGGAUGGGUGCGAGCUGCUGUGCUGCGGGCGCGGGUACCGCGACGCGCACCCCAGCGGCGUCACCGAGCGCUGCAACUGCACCUUCCACUGGUGCUGCCACGUCAGCUGCCUGAACUGCACCAACACCCAGGUGCUGCAUGAGUGCCUGUGACCCCCCCAGGGACCACCCUGCCCAGCCCCGGAGGGGGUCUGCGCCACCCCCCAUGACGGGUGCCCAGCUGGAUUGAAGGCGCCCAUGGGUGGGCGUGUGCUGCGCCCCAGGGACCCCCGUCCCAUUCCGGGUAGAGCGACCGCCCCAGGGCCAGCAGCCAGCCUGGGUGGGCUCGGUGCCACGCACCUUCCCGGCCGCCUCUUCGGCCAUUCCGGCUCUGUGGGGUCCCCUUUCUCACUGUAAAUAAAAUAUUUAUUGUGGACAGUUUGAUGCCGCCCCCGCCCUGCGCUUCGCUGGCCCCAGGCCCUGUUUUUUAUAAU